AUAAGGCCAUGCACGUCAUCCGGAAAUGAUGUCACGUUGUUAUUCUAUUUCAGGAAGCAAGAAGGGGAAUGCCUUGAGAGGGGGAAAAGUGCGUCAACAACUGUUUUGCAGCAUAAACCACCUUUUACUUCGAUUUCACAUGGGAAAAAGGGGCACUCGUUGAUGGGAGAGAUGGCGUUAUACCAGGAAGGCACCUCAACUAGCAGCACCAUGGAAACAUCCAACUUUGCACACGUGAUCUUCCAGAACGUGGGGAAGAGCUACAUCCCCAGCGCUGCGCUCGAGUGUCACUACACACUCACCCAGUUCAUCAAACCGCACCAGAAGGACUGGGUCGGCAUCUUCAAGGUCGGCUGGAGCAGCGCGCGCGAUUACUACACGUUUCUGUGGUCACCUUUUCCUGAGAACUACGCUGAGGGAACCACAGUCAACAGAGUUGUGGUGUUUCAAGGAUACUAUGUUCCAAGUGACGACGGGGAGUUCUACCAGUUCUGCUAUGUCACGCACAAAGGCGAGAUCCGGGGAGCCAGCACCCCCUUCCAGUUCCGAACCAGCCACCCCGGGGACGACCUGCUGACCGUGGAGGACGAGAGCAACUCCGACAUCCUCGUGGUCACCACGAAAACUGGCCUUCUGGAGCAAAAGGUGGAGGAGGCUCGGAAGGAGAAAGAGGAGCUGGCGAGAGUUGUGGCGCUCCUGCAGAAAGAGAAGGAGCAGCUGCAGGAGGAGAGGGAGGAAGUGCAGCGAAAGUGUGAGCAGGAGCGAGAAAUCUCUGACCAGCUGAGGAAGGAGAACCAGGAGCUCCAGACUGCCUCUCAGAACCUGCAGGAGGAGCGGGAGGAGGUGAAGAGGAAGCACCAGGAGGUGACCGCCAGAGUCCACCAGCUGGAGGAGGACCUCAUCGGCGUCACACAGAAAGGAAUCCAGAAGGAGACCGAGCUGGACUGCCUGAGAGACAGAGUGAAGAAGCUGACUGUGGAGAAGGACAGCCUGGAGUCCCAGCUGCAGAACGAGCGUGAUGAGAAGGAGCUGUAUAAGGUGCACCUGAAGAACAGAGAGCUGGAGACCAGGAAGCUGACGGCGGAGCUGCAGAUGCAGAAGGUGGUGGACGUGAACAAGGAGAACAUGAUCACCCAGUUUAAAGAGGAGGUGGGGCGGCUGAGGGCGUGCCUCGCCGAGAAGGAGAAACUGCAGAAGGAGAUCCUGUCCCACAGCUCCCCUUCGACGGAGAAGGACGCGCUGAAGGAGCAGCUGCGGCAGACCGAAGAGCAGCUGCAGGCCACGCGUCAGCAGGCGUCCAUGCUGGCGUCGGAGCUGCGGGACGCGUCCAGCGCGCGCGACCGCGGCAUAUCCGACCUGCACCGCCUGCGCGUGGAGAUGGAGGCGCUGCGCAAGAGCCAGGCCGACGCCCAGGCGCAGUGCGGCCGCAUGGAGGAGCAGCUGGACAAACUGAGGGCUGCCGCCCAGCAGGGGGCGCAGGGCGGGGCAGAAGGAGGGGCGGACACAGUGACCGGGAAGGAGGCGGAGCUACAGAGGGAGGUGGAGGACCUGAAGCUGAGGUUACAUAUGGCUGCGGAGCACUACAAGGAGAAAUACAAGGAGUGUCAGAGACUACAGAGACAGGUGGCCAAACUCUCCGAGCAGCAGGGGGAGUCGAAGAAAGGUGCAGUGGCAGCAGAGAUGCCCUCGAGCCCGCAGUCUGGCAGCCCGGAGCAAGGGAGCCCCACGUCUUCCAAUAUUGCACUAGAUGCAAUUAUCCAGGAGAAACUCAAAGGCAUCAAUAAAGAAGUGAUCGAGAAAAGUGACAAGUACAAGAAAUGCAGACAGAUGCUGAGCGAGGAGAAGGAGCGCAGCUGCAUGUUCGCGGAGGAGCUGGCGAAGAUGGAGGUGAAAUGGAAGGAGCAGUUAAAGAUAAACGAGAGCCUGAAGCUGCAGCUGGUGGCAGCCGAGGAUCGAUACAAGAGCCAGGUGGCGGAGAAGGGCCGGGAGGUUAAAGAGCUGAAGGAGAAUUUGGCGCUGCUUGUCAAAGAGAAGGAGACGCUGGAAGAGGGGCUGAAGAAGAGCUCGGAGGUGAAGGGGGGCCUGGUGUCUGAGGACUCCAGUUUGGAGAGCGGCCAGCCCAUGUUCCUGCAGUACCCCCUCCCGUAUACCCAGGAUGCCCCGCCCGCUCCCCUGGUGGCCCAGCAGUCCGCAGAGCUGCGGUUUGGGAACCCGUACUCCACUCCAGACCCAGCAGCAACACGCGCUGUUCUUUCUGACCCAGAUGGAGCGGACGGUGAGUUCCCGUCAGACCAGAUGCCCAUACUGCCCCCUGUGGGACCCCCCUCCUGGGACAGUAACGUGGUGUGCAUCCAGCCCUCCCGGAACCCGAGUCGCCCCGACGGUCUGGAGGACCCCGAGGAGAACGGCAACGAGGGCGGCGCCGCUGAGCCGCCAGUGGCAGGCAACCCCCAAAAUCCCCUGGUUAACGAUGGGCGGCCUCGCUUUUGCUUUGACUCCAGCCUGGACAUUCACAAGCGCUGUCCACUCUGCGAGGUCAUCUUCCCCCCCAACUACGACCAGAGUAAGUUUGAGGAGCACGUGGAGAGCCACUGGAAGGUCUGCCCCAUGUGCAGCGAGCAGUUCCCCCUGGACUGCGACCAGCGGCUGUUCGAGAAGCACGUGCUCACGCACUUCGACGGCAACGUCCUCAACUUCAGCUAGACGCUCCCCUAUAGAACCGGAGCUGGGGGAAAUUACCUUUAGCAUCGCCCCAUUGUAGGAAUCAAGCUACGUAUACUAUUUAGUUUGUACUGCCGUUCCCAGUGGCACACGCAUACAGUCGCAUGCAGUGGUUUAGGAACCUGAAGUUCUAAUUAGCCUCCUUUCUCAAUAAUGCAUCUGGGGGAUCAGCGGUGACACUGGAGGGGGCUCUCGGUUCUCAGGAAGUCUCCGCCUCUCACAGGCCGUCUGCGGCUCAGGUGGACAGAUUAAAUGAAGACGCGAGUCUGAGGGCCACCUGGUCUGUAUCACUCUGUUGGUUUGCAGUUUAUACCGUUUGCUUUGCUUGGGCACAUAGACGUCGAGGUGGCAGUCACACACUGCACUGAAUGCUGGGAAGGAGGAGACCUUCUCCAGCUGAAGCACGUGAACCUGGGGGGGGGUUACUGCUUUGGGGUUAAGUGAUGCAAUUGCAUAUGCUCUAGUUAGACGUUUUACAUGGUAUUAUAUUAGAAUUCAUUUUAAAACAGUUUUUAAGUUUACCACCGAAUGAUUACACUAUAUUUAUGGGAAGAAACUCAGUAAAAUAAUGUCACAUGGGUAACUACUUUAGAGUCUAUAUAUUUUUUCCUCACAAUGUGACUCCAGGUCACUUCCUCGAAUGGUGACCUUUCACCCUCCUCACUUGCACACACCUGUCAUUACCUACGUACAGGGCUUCUGUUAGAUUGCAAUAUAUUUGUCUUAAGAUUUUAAUUUUUUUUGUUAGUUGCCUAUGUUCUUGAGUUAUGAUUAGCAAGACCUCUUUCUUUGUCCUGUGUUAACUAAUCUUAUAAAGUCUUUGUUUGCAA